AUGCUCAAUGGUCCCGACUCCCGGAACUACCCCUUUGUUGCCGCGGCUGGCAAGGAAGCACUUAAUUUGAUAGAGGUGAAACAGAGAAAGGCUGACGUGGAAGCUUCGGUGAUUAAACCUCAGCCGAUUACGAGUUUGAGCUCAGUUGGUAUCGAUACAGGCCACUAUAUUUGA